AUGUCACAUCGGUCGGGAAUCGAGGUCUCAGAAGAUAUCAAAAAUGAGAUGACCAAUGCUCGUCAAGGUCAUCUGCGCGUCUUACAGAUCGUGAUUGAAAAUGAAUGUCUAAAAGCUGGUGCAUGCUUGAAGCCCAAAAAGACCUGGCAGGAAGACUUCGAUAGCCAACUCGCUCCUCUCACCGAAUCCAACCCGUGUUUCUACGCUUUCUAUCGCCUCGAUUCUCAAUCAUCUCUUGGCUACGAGUUCAUCCUCUUUUCAUACAUUUCUGAAAAUGCUCCAGUCAGGGACAAGAUGAUUUAUGCUUCAACCCUUUCCACAGUCAAGCAAGCAUUCGGUGGUGGAUAUAUUUCGAGAGAGUAUACCAUCAACUCGCCGAGCGAUUUAACUUGGAAGGGCCAUCAAGAACAAAUGAAGCUCGAUGAAGAAGAUGGGCCAUUAACUGAAGCCGAAAAGAUCAAAGCGGAGAUCAAGCUCCUCGAAACAUCGUCCGUUACAACAAAGAAGGAAACUGUCGCUGGGCUUACUUUUCCAGUGACCUCGGAGGCGGUAGCGGCGCUGAAGGAAUUCGCCGCUGGAAAGGUGGAUUAUGUCCGCUUGGCGAUUGACGUCAAGCAGGAGCAUAUUUGCCUUGAACAGACAGACCAGUUCGCGGGCUCGACAACCAUGUUCUCCGGCGCUGUGUCAACGACCUCGCCGAACUAUCAUCUCUUCAAGUUCAAAUAUGAGCAUAAUGGCAAGUCCCAUAAAAAAGACUGCUUUGUCUACUCCAUUCCUUCUGAAGUGACGGUGCCCAUUAAGGAAAAGAUGCUCUACGCGAGUUGCAAGGCUUCGUUCGUCAGUGCGCUAGGCAACUUCGGAAUUCCAGUUGAAAAUCUUCUCUCGAUCGAGAUCGAUGGACCGAGUGAGGUCUCACAGCAAGCUUUGAUUUCGCAUCUUCAUCCGCAAACUGAAGUCAAAAAGGCAUUCUCCAAGCCGGCAGGUCCGGCAUCGCGACGCCCACGAACCAAGCGAAAUUAA